ACGCCCCGGGCUGCUCUGGAGUUUAUUAGCCAGGUCGCGUUCUCUUUCUCUCUCUCUCUCUCUUUCUCUCUUUCUCACACACAUACACACACUCACAUAUACACAAGCGCACACACACGAGCAGACACACGCGGCUCUGUCCAGCCAGCACGAGGCUCGGACUCACAGCUCAUGGGUAUUUUCAAUUGUUCUGAAAAGUAACAAAAACUAAACAAACAUUGACCCGAGUGCUACAAACUUUCGACUGACGCAACCAUACCUACUUUUUUUUUAUUAUUUAAUGUUGGCUUGUUCAUUAAAUUAAUAAUUAAUUUUGUGGUCAAGCUGUAGUUUGUAGGUGCAUUUUGUGUUGUUUUUUGUUGUGGUUUUUUUUUGGGGGAGGAAGAAAGAAAAUAAACGCCGACUCGUGAUGGACGCGCUGUCACUCAGGUUACUCCUUGUAGUGGGUUUGACCUCAGCUACUUUGGCUGGUGAAAUGAAUAAAAAAGACUUCUUGAAGAGCCGACUGAAGGAGUAUGGCCUGGUCACGCCUAUUAGCACUGACUCAGGUGGCCACUUCUUGUCACACCUCCUGUCAGCAAAUCACAAGCAGCGUGUCAAGCGCAACGUGCCCUAUGCCACGGGUGAGAAGCUCUUCUUCAAUGUCACUGCUUUUGGCAAGGAGUUUCACCUGCGGCUCUGGCCCAAUCGAAGGCUAGUGGCACCUGGCGCCAUGGUAGAGUGGCACGAUGAGGUUUUGGUGCCUGGCAAUGGCACAGAGAAUGACACCCACACAGACAGGAUUCUGAGGAGAGACUUUCUUAAGACGGACUGCAAUUUUAUUGGGGACAUCACUGACGUGCCUGGAGCAUCGGUUGCUAUUAACAACUGUGACGGUCUGGCUGGCAUGAUCCGUGCCGACUCUGAUGAAUACUUCAUUGAGCCUCUGGAGCAUGGCACGCAGCAGCAUGAGGAAAAUGGACGAGUGCAUGUGGUGUAUAGAAGAUCCGCUCUGCUGCAAACACCUUCAGACAUCUCAGUUGACUACGAACCCCCUGAGCCAGAAAUCAGUGUUCCAAAGGCACUAGACAACAUUGCCAAACAAGUGAACCACACAUCCAGGAGACGCAGACACGCCGGAGACGAUGACUACAACAUUGAGGUGCUUCUUGGCGUCGACGACUCUGUGGUGCGCUUUCAUGGAAAGGAGCAUGUACAGAACUACUUGCUCACCCUCAUGAACAUUGUGAAUGAGAUAUAUCAUGACGAGUCACUAGGCGUGCACAUCAACGUGGUUCUUGUGAGGAUGAUCAUGCUUGGCUAUGCAAAGUCCAUUAGCCUUAUUGAACGCGGGAACCCAUCGCGGAGCUUGGAGAAUGUGUGUCGCUGGGCCUUCGUACAGCAAAAAGAGGAUCCAGAACACUCCGAACACCAUGACCAUGCCAUCUUUCUCACACGACAGGGCUUUGGCCCUACUGGCAUGCAGGGCUAUGCUCCUGUCACUGGGAUGUGCCAUCCAGUUCGCAGUUGCACCCUGAACCAUGAGGACGGCUUCUCCUCCGCCUUUGUAGUUGCCCACGAGACUGGACAUGUGCUGGGAAUGGAGCAUGAUGGACAGGGCAAUCGUUGUGGUGAUGAGACAGCCAUGGGGAGUGUUAUGGCCCCUCUGGUGCAAGCCGCUUUCCACCGCUAUCACUGGUCCAUGUGCAGUGGACAAGAGCUGAAGAGAUACAUUCAUUCCUAUGAUUGCUUACUCGAUGAUCCAUUCAAGCAUGACUGGCCACAGCUCCCUGAACUUCCUGGCAUCAAUUACUCUAUGGAUGAGCAGUGUCGUUUUGAUUUUGGAGUUGGAUACAAAAUAUGCACAUCAUUCCGUACAUUUGAUCCUUGCAAACAGCUGUGGUGCAGCCAUCCAGACAACCCUUAUUUCUGCAAGACUAAAAAGGGACCACCACUGGACGGCACCGAAUGUGCACCUGGGAAGUGGUGCUACAAAGGUCACUGCAUGUGGAAAAAUGCCAACCAGGUGAAGCAGGAUGGAGCUUGGGGUAUGUGGACCAAGUAUGGUUCAUGCUCGCGCUCCUGUGGGACAGGCGUACGCUUCAGGACACGUCAGUGCAACAACCCAGUUCCAUCUAAUGGUGGUCAGGACUGCCCAGGGGUCAACUAUGAGUUUCAGCUGUGCAACACAGAUGACUGCCCCAAGCACUUCGAGGACUUUAGAGCCCAGCAGUGUCAGCUCCGCAACUCCCACUUUGAGUACCAGAACACUAAACACCACUGGCUCCCAUAUGAACACCCAGAUGCCAGCAAGAGAUGUCACCUGUACUGCCAGUCGAAGGAGAUGAGCGAUGUGGCAUACAUGAAGCAGCUGGUGCAUGAUGGCACUCGGUGCUCCUACAAGGAUCCCUACAGCAUCUGUGUACGGGGGGAAUGUGUGAAAGUGGGCUGUGAUAAAGAGAUUGGUUCUGAUAAGGAGGAAGAUAAAUGCGGAGUAUGUGGGGGCGACAACUCCCACUGCAGAACUGUGAAAGGAACCUUUACCCGAACCCCCAAAAAAACAGGCUACCUAAAGAUGUUCCUCAUCCCCCCUGGGGCUAGACAUGUGAUCAUCCAAGAACAUGAGGCCUCCCCUCACAUUCUUGCGGUCAAGAACCAGGCCACAGGACACUACAUCCUGAAUGGUAAAGGAGAUGAGGUGACAUCACGCAACUUUAUUGACCUUGGAGUGGAGUGGGAUUAUGUCAUUGAAGACAACGCUGAGACUCUGCACACAGAGGGACCAUUACAUGAUGCAGUCAUUGUUCUGAUUAUACCAAAAGACAAUGAGACAAGAUCAUCAUUGAUGUAUAAAUACAUCAUCCACGAGGACUCGGUCCCAAUAAACAACAACAAUGUCAUUCAGGAGGACACGUAUGAGUGGGCUUUAAAAAGUUGGUCCCAGUGCUCACGACCUUGUGCUGGAGGAUUCCAAUACACAAAAUAUGGAUGUCGUAAAAAGGGGGACAACAAGAUGGCACACAGGAGCUACUGUGACAUCAGUAAGAAGCCCAAACCCAUCCGCAGGAUGUGUAAUCUCCAAGACUGUACACAACCACAGUGGAUAGCUGAGGAAUGGGAGCACUGCACCAAAACAUGCGGAAACCUGGGUUACCAGAUCCGCACCGUGCGCUGUGUUCAGUUCCUGCAUGAGGGCACAAAUCGCUCCAUCCACAGCAAGUAUUGCAGUGGAGAGAAACCCGAGACCAGACGUCCCUGCAACAGAGUGCCCUGCCCUGCAAACUGGAGGAUUGGAGCCUGGUCUGAGUGCUCAGUGACCUGUGGCGAAGGAGUGGCACACCGCCAGGUCACAUGCCGCAUCAUCGAUCAAUGUGCUGGUGAGAAACCAGAGUCACAGAGGCCAUGUCGCCCAGGACCCUGCAAUGAUGAGCCUUGUAGAGGAGACAAGUCCAUAUUCUGUCAGAUGGAGGUCCUUGCUCGGUACUGUUCUAUCCCAGGCUACAGCAAACUAUGCUGUGAAUCAUGCAGUAAACGCAGCGGCACUCUCUCUGCUCUCCUGACUGAAGCUGCCGAGGUCGAGGAGGAGGUGCGAUUUGGCUCAGCCUCACAGUUACUCGAGACCCUCUCAGCCUCAGUCGGUCAAACCCUUAACCACCCCCUUCAAACACCAAAACAACCCAGUGGCUCGGCCAGGCAAACCUCAAUCAGUGCAGCUCUCAAACCAAACACUGAGAGCAAAACUCCAAAACGUCUGGUGCAGGCCACUAAACCCAGCAUUAGAAAUCUGCCUGCCAUGACAACCUACAAGCAGCGCAAUGACAACAUCGCUAGCGCUACCGCACAGCACACAGAUAGCCUCAUAGACAUUUCCAAGGUAGAAAGAUGAAGGCAAACACUAACCCAUUUUUUUUACAUUCCUGGACUUUUCAUAGAUAUAUAUAUAUAUAGCUUUAUUCUUUGUCCUCAUUCAAAUCAUUCCUAUAAGAGGUUUAGGGAAGUAAAGUGCUGGUUCACUUUUUGGUUUCUAAGACAUGCCCUCAAGUGGUUAUUCAGAAUCACACUAGACAUUUACACAUUUUCUGGGUUUUUUCUUGUUGUUGUUGUUGUUGCUGUUGUUUUAUGGGGGGAUGAGGCACCAAAGAUGUUUCAAAAUUAGUCAGAAGUCCCUUCUCAGCAGCCUCCAAGGUUUUGCACAUUUAGCUCAUGCUGUAGCGAUGCCAGUAAUCAGAAAUGUUUCUAGUUAUGUAGAAUUUCAGAAUCAAGCACAAAGGGUUUGUUUAAUGAAUAAAUAUUUAUGAAUGUUCCUGUAAAUACUGUAUGUGUAAUAGUCAGUAUUAUUUUGUACUAAAACAUGGUGCAAAGUUUUAAUGUAAGAUUUAAGUAUAUGGGUAAAAUGACAGUAACUGAAGAGCUGUCCCUAUUAUCAGUUAUUCCCUAUCAAAACACCUCAUCCAGUAUAAAGCCAUUACUCACCAAACCCUAUCAAGGAUUUAUUUAAUCAUAUUUCUCUUGUAUAAAGCACAUCAGUGAUUAAUGUCAAAGCAAUGUCUUAACAACCAUUUUCUGGAAUUUCUUUCAUCUUGUACUGUAUUCUAUUCUGAAGCUGAAUAUGUAUUUCACCAGCAAGAGAGCUAAAUGUAGAGACAUAUUUAUAUGUCAAAAAGCUAGUGGAGCCGCACCGUAGACAUCACGUGCCAGCGCAGUGCAUAGGGUGUGAAAGGCUACAUUUUGAGGGCACCGAGGUAGAAUUAACACAGAUCUUUUUUUAUGAAAAGCACAUUGUGUGAAGUGAUGCACUGUUGUAAAUGGUGCACUGUUGUCUGCAAGAUGUCAAGGGAAAGAUGUUCAUUUUUAAACAGGGGUAAUGUCUCAACCACAAUGCAUCUGACUGCAAUAGCAAGGAACUCCAGUGUAGGUGUCAUUGAAGUGCAAACAUAUAAAAAUCCAUUCACACAUGCUUGCCUGUGUACUACUGUAUAGCUGUUGUAUAUAGAAUUAAGAACUCUAGAGUAUUUAUUGACUUCCUUGUCUGUUUUUUAUGUCCAGCAUCUCUUAUUUCACGAGCAGGUAAGAGCCAACAAUUUGUCAGUCAAGCCUAUUGAGUCAAGUUUCAGCAUAUUGAGUCAUGUUUUGCUGAAUUUCUCCAAGCAGCAUAAAAAUUUUAGCACCAUAACAAAAAAGAACACAAGGGAAACCAGUUUUAAAUUAGUUGUGAGAAGGCUCUAGUCUAGCUGUUUUAGAAUAGCAUUUAGUGUAAAAGCCCAACACAUCUGACAGCUGCUUCUAAGUAGUUAAUAAAUUUCUAGACGAAUCUGUUCUUACAGUCAAUUAGUGGAUUUGAGUCAUCAAAGGGUUUCAUCUAAAACAAAGACAAACAUGGAAAAUGUUGGUGUUGUAGAUAUGAGUUUGAUAGAAAAACCUAUUGUAACAUUCUUGAAACUUUUUUUAAAAUGUUUUCAGUGUAAUGCCAUUGAAUUGCUGCCUUUGACAACUUUGCUGCUAAUGCUAUGCAAAGCUCUUUUUUUAAGCCCAAGUAGUUUAGUAUUUGUAGUUUUUUUUUUUGUUUUUUUUUUUAUUGACAAUCCCUGAGCCUCAGACAGAUCUGCUGUAUAUGACAAAGAUCUCUAUAUAUCCCCAGUCCUGCUUUUGCAUGUAAGUCUUAAAUAAUGCUCUUACUAACAUGUCAGUUUCUUGCCAUGUCACAUCUUGCCAUCAUCUGUUUAUCUGUCUUUUUUUUUUAAUGGAAGUGUACACUACUGAUGCUGUUUGUUGUAAUGGGGAGCACAUAGCAAUAAAAAACAUAGUAAAUAUUCA